CAAGGCUAGCAACACAUUCUCAGCCAGGGGGGUAGCCCUGGAGAGGGGCGGCUUGAUCACCCAAUCGCCCAGCAUCGGGGCUCCACAGGAUCCAGGGACGCGCCCCACGGAAGGGGUCCCUCUGUCUACCCAGCCUCCACCUCUGAGAUCGCCAGCCCUACCGGAUCUCCCGCCUCUUUCCACGCCUGGAGGACCUCACGGGAGCCCGGGGCCGCUGUGUACAAUACUGAAGUGGAACAAAUUCUGUAGCCCAGACGACAGCUGGAGUGGGGACACGCCCAGCUGGAGAAGCCUGCCCCGCCGUAGAAGCACGAGAUUCUGAGUCUCGGUGGAUCGAAAUCGCUGUCCCUAGGGGAGGCGAGAGAAGGUCCGCUCCCUUAGGGGCAGUUAAUCCCUGAAGGUUUCCUCGAAAGAAUCAGAGGGCUCAGUCCUUGACAGAGAUCCUCUCUGCUCAGCUCCAGAAACCACUUACGGGAAAAGAUGCCUGCCUUCAACAGAUUGCUUCCCCUAGCUUCUCUAUUGCUCAUCUAUUGGGUCAGAGUCUGCUUCCCUGUGUGUGUGGAAGUACCCUCGGAGACAGAAGCCGUGCAGGGCAAUUCCAUGAAGCUGAGAUGCAUCUCCUGCAUGAAGAGGGAGGAGGUGGAGGCCACCACUGUGGUGGAGUGGUUCUACAGGCCUGAGGGCGGUAAAGAUUUCCUUAUAUACGAGUAUCGAAACGGCCACCAGGAGGUGGAGAGCCCCUUCCAAGGUCGUCUGCAGUGGAAUGGGAGCAAAGACCUGCAGGAUGUAUCUAUCACUGUUCUCAAUGUCACUCUGAAUGACUCUGGCCUCUACACAUGCAAUGUGUCCAGGGAGUUUGAGUUCGAGGCACACAGGCCCUUUGUGAAGACCACGAGACUAAUACCCCUGCGAGUCACUGAAGAGGCGGGAGAAGACUUCACCUCCGUGGUCUCAGAAAUCAUGAUGUACAUCCUCCUGGUCUUCCUCACCUUGUGGCUGUUUAUUGAGAUGAUCUAUUGCUACAGAAAGGUCUCUAAGGCCGAAGAGGCAGCUCAGGAAAAUGCGUCUGACUACCUUGCUAUCCCUUCAGAGAACAAGGAGAACUCCGUGGUACCUGUGGAGGAAUAAUGUGGUGUGAUUGGAGGUGAUGUACAGGCAUUUGGGAGGUGAUCUGAGUGCUGAGGGACUGGAUAUCUCCAGUUCAGUGAUGCCAGCAACAUCAGGAAGUGCCCCAGGUGUCCCAACACAUCCAUCUUUCUAUUCAUCAACCAUCCACCCAACUGUGAGAUUUUUACCUGACUUCCAAACUCUAUCAGAACUCCUAUACAUCUUGACCUUGCCUGAACUGAAGAGCCAACAUCUCUACAUGGACUAAACCUCACUCUGUCCUUGCUUCCAACCAAGCAGCUCCCAACUCAACUAGAGUUGUCCCCUGUGUUCCAAGUGAUUUUAGAUACGUACUGGAGAGUAGUAUUCCCCGUGCCCUGUCUGCAAUUGGGUUGUCCCCCCCUGCAGCAAAAGGAUGCAUGUAUAACGGAAGGAAGCCCUGAUUAGUUUGUUUAAAAGCCAAAGCGUGCCAUGCACUUUGAUUCAUUGAAGUCAGUUUUUUUCCUGCCUCUUAAGAGCACCGGAGAGCAGCGUGCCCUUAAAGUUUCCAGGGACAUCUUCUGUGCUCACUGGAGUACAUUCUGGAGUGUUUCGAGGCUUUAUCUCCAAAACCCCAAAGGCCUGGAACAAACCCAGAACUUUCAAGAAGCCAAGGAAGGAUCCAGGACAAUUUCAGUAGGUCUUGAAAGCGAUAUAACACUCCUGAGAUUGGAAACAUGGAUGAGUGACUUUUCUGGAUUGAAAUGCCUCAGUUAUUCAUUUCUCAGUGUCUUUGGAUCAGUAUUAGUCCUCAUUUUACAGGAGGCAGCAGAGACUCACACAAGGCUGAACAAACAGGUCAUUGAGGAGAUUAAACUGGAAGAGAGAUGAGUUUCAUGCCUCCACCCUGACGCUCCCUGAGCUGAAAGAUGUUUUUGAGGACUCUCACAUUCAGCAGGGCAGAAGAAGCAUGGCAUUUGUCCAGCAGAGGCUACAGGUGACGUGAUAUAGACUUUAGGAUUUCACACAAAGAUUUGUGAAUCUGAAGCAUUCUCCAGGGGACACAGCACCCGAGGGCAAUAUCUAUAUGACGAAAAUGGUUUUAGUCUGAAAUGGACAGAGAGACAAAGAUAGGUGUGUAGCUUCUAAAUACCUCACCUGUAGAUGUCAUGUUUGGGUAUUGGUGUUUGUAAAGUCCCCUACUCCUACCCUCAUCCCCACCCAAGAGAGCAGGGAACAAGUGACAAGAUUCUUAGUCAAUAUCUCUUUUUAAUGACUGUUCUAAGUGCAAUAUUCUUUAGCCCCUACAGAUAGCAAGGGCAGGAGGCCUUAUGGUAUAUAAAAAGAUGCAAGUGAGACUCAGUAAGAGAACUUUCCUCACUCUGGGGAGCUCUAUAAGAAAGACCAUUCUCCACCCACAUCGGGCUUUGUAUGACAAGCUCACUUUUCACCCCCACCAUUUCCUUCUUUGUGGAUGUCAGACAUAGGCUUUGGGACUCCCAUCCCAUUCUUUUUUUUUUUUUUUUUAAAUCUGGUUUGUUUGUAUAUGGUGGUUUAUCCAGAAUCACAAUUGUGUUUCUUUAUGGGAGAUCAUGACUAUAAACUCCAAGGUACGGCACUCACCAGCCAACUGAAAAUUUUCACCAUCUCCAUUUUCUUCCCAUACUUCUACUUAGGAUCCCAGACUAGACAUGUGCAGCUCUGGAGCCUUUCCUGGUGUGCUACUGCUUACUAAAGGGCUUAGAAGAGUUCUCAAGGGCUAUAAUCCUCUAGAAACCCCAUUGUUUGUCCUGGUGCUGGGUAUUUGCUGUGACUGAUUCCCAAUAAUUUACUGAAGGUCACACUAAGCUGAGUCUAGUUUCCCCUUUAUUACUGUCCAACAGCUGUGAACUUGGUUACUCAGUUGGGCCUGAAAGCAUCUUGCCCUGUUGACUUGGAGUGUCAGCUAGGUGUUGGGUCAAGCCCCAGUCCCUAAGUGGAAAUACUCAGUGCUUGCUAUCUCAGGCUUUCCUUUCCGUCUGUUUACACAUUAUUCCUUGGUUCCUUCACUCUCGAUGAACUGCACACCCAAGCUUUCUUUUGAGUUUCUGGGUUUGCUCUAGACACCAAAAUAGAAUUGCAAGUAGAAAGGGAAGUUUCCAGAGCACGAUUAUGCUGAGAAAGACAGCAGUGGGCUUAAAAGCAGACAGGGCUCAGGUGAUAGCCCAAUUGGUAAAGUGCUUGCCACCCCAGCGUGAGAGUCUCCGUAUGAUCUCUAGAAUCCAUGUGAACAGCCAGACAUUAUGGCACACAUUGGUUAUCCCAGAGCUGGGGAGGCAGGGACAGGAAGAUCUGAGACUCGAUAGCCAGGUCGCCUGGCCAAACUUACUUACUUGGCAAGCUCCAGGAGAGAGAGAGAGACCCUGUCUCAAAAAACAAAACCAAAAAACCAACAAGGUGGAUAGUGCCUGAGGAAUGACACCCAUGGUUGACUUCUGGCUUCCACAUAUACAUGCACACAAGUUAAGGCCCAUAUGCUUACUUACAAAAAGAUGUGCACACCUGUGCGUGUAUAUGUAUGCAUGCGUGCGUGCAUGCGUGAGAGUGAGCGAGCGUGCGUGCACACAUCACACACACACACACACACACACACACACAGAGACCUUCCACACACCCCCACACACAUACAGAGAGAGAGACAGAGAUCUUCCUCUCCCUUGUUUUAUAAAUGAUAAAGCACUGGUUCUGUGAAUUCACCCAGUCACUGCAAAUGUAUGUAACCAGGACCUUGGUGUGCCCGCGAAUCAUUCUGAUCAUCCACUCACAUUGUUCAACAUUCUUUGUGUCGAGUACCAGGUUAGGCUCUAGAGAGACCCCUUGAUUUUAGGUCUGUAAAAGUGUGCAAGCAUGUGUGUGCGCGCACAUGUGCGUGUGUACACGAGUGCACAGGCACAUGGUUCCAAUAAAAUCUCUCUGUUCAUGUCAAUAUAAGUGUCUCUGAAGACCACUUGCUCUGGGUUUGCUUUGCUUACAACCUGCGGCUGCUGCCCCCUCUGGCUCCCAUCCUCCUAACUUCCCGGACCCAGGAAACUAAC